CUGCUUGGCGCGGACGUGGACGAAACGCUGGUCACCCGAAACACAACUGAGGGCCUGAAUAUCGUCCUCAGCGGCUUGGACUGGAAGGAAGGCGACGAGAUCCUCACCUGCAACUUGGAGCACGGCUCAGUCCUGUCUCCCAGCUGGCAUGUCGCCCACCGUUACGGCGGAAAGGUUCAGGUGGUCAAUCUCGAUCCCCACGACUCAUACGACGCUAUCCUCAGUAAGUUCGAGGCGGCCCUGACCCCGCGCACCCGGAUGAUCUUCGUCAGCCACCUGGAGUAUUCCACCGGCUUGCGCAUGCCCGCCGCCGAGCUGUGCCGCUUGGCGCACGGCAAUGGCGCCGAGAUCAUGCUGGACGGAGCCCAGACUGGUGGCCACAUCGCAUUGGACGUCCACCGCGACGGCUUCGACUACUACUCCAUCCCCGGCCAGAAGUGGGUGCUGGGCUACGAGGGCGUCGGCGCCCUGUACAUCCGACGGGACCUCAUCGACAGCGUGCACCCUGCCCACACCGGGGGGCGUGCCGUGAUCCAAGAAGGCGAGCCGGGCGAACCCGGCAGCUACCGCCUCAAUACCUCGAGCAUGGACAAGUUCCUCGGAGGCUCCGGCAGCGUCCCGCUGCAGGCCGCUUUCGUUGAGGCCGCCCGCUUCAUCGAGAGCAUCGGCGUGGCGCAGAUAGAGGCCCGCAACGUUUCACUGGCCGCCAGAUUCAAGGCGCAGCUCGCGGAGAUCUCUGCCGUCAAUGUUCUCUCGCCUUCGGCAGACUCCGCGUCCGCCGGCCUCGUGGCAUUCCAGGUUGCGGGGCAGUCCGCCGACUCGGUCGUGGCCCGCAUCUGGCAGGACCACCGCAUCGUCGUGCGGCAGGUGGACCGUCUGGCUGCUGCGGUGGCGGAGCUGGCCUAG